CCGUUGGGUCCAAGCUCUGGAACAGGAAGAUGGGGCAAAGGUGGUAACAGUGGAAAAUGUGGAUAAUCCAUACCGGAACCAAACCUAUUUUACCAAGAGAUUUAAAUUAACUCUGAACAAACUCUAUGCGUGGAACCUGGUUGACUAUGACAGGGUAGUUAUGCUUGAUGCUGACAACCUCUUCCUCCAAAAAACAGAUGAGUUGUUCCAAUGUGGCCAGUUUUGCGCAGUUUUCAUCAAUCCCUGCAUAUUCCAUACUGGCCUCUUUGUAUUACAGCCAUCACUGGACGUGUUCAGGGACUUGCUUCAUGAGGUGGAGAUUGGGAGAAAGAACCGGGAUGGUGCAGACCAGGGUUUUAUGGGAAGUUACUUCCCAGAUUUGCUUGAUCAGCCAAUGUUCCAUCCACCCCUCAAUGGUUCCAAGCUUGAAGGAACAUACAGACUUCCUUUGGGAUAUCAAAUGGAUGCCUCCUACUAUUAUCUUAGACUUAAGUGGCAUGUACCGUGUGGGCCUAACAGCGUGAUUACUUUUCCGGGUGCAUCGUGGCUGAAACCAUGGUAUUGGUGGGCAUGGCCUGUCCUGCCACUGGGUAUCCAAUGGCAUGAGCAACGCCGUCAAACUCUUGGGUACAGUGCAGAGAUGCCUGUUGUCUUCAUCCAGUCAAUAUUUUACCUUGGUAUAAUGGCAGUGACACGUCUUGCCCGACCCAACCUCUCUAAACUAUGCUAUCGCCGAGCAGACAAGAGUACCUCCUUAAUACAAGCCAGCCUCAAAUUAGUAGCCUUAUGGUCCAUUCUUGCAGCCUACAUAAUCCCCUUCUUCCUCAUUCCUUGCACGGUCCAUCCUCUACUCGGCUGGAGCCUGUACUUGCUAGGGGCAUUUUCACUCUCUUCCAUAGCAGUUAACGCCUUUCUCCUCCCAAUUCUGCCCGUCUUAGUGCCAUGGCUCGGGAUUUUAGGGACACUUUUGGUCAUGGCAUACCCUUGGUACCCAAAUGGUAUUGUGAGAGCUCUGUCUGUUUUUGGGUACGCCUUUUGUUGUGCACCGGUGCUUUGGGGUUCGUUGGUUAAGAUCAUGUCGUGCCUUCAAGUUUCACUUGAAAGGGAAGCUUUCUUGCCGAGAUUGGGAGAAUCUACAUCACCUCCUGAGUUCAAGUUGUACUAGGAUACGAGGCACAGCUCAUCGUGAUUCGAAUGAUUGGGUAAAUGAGAUUCUUUGGACAAAUCUCAGGAGCUUCUUAAAGCUGCUUAUUUAUGAUGGGGAUAGAAAAUGAGAAGGAAACCGGAAUUCUUUGUUAAUCUGGGCUGCUCUUGGUUGCUGGUUUUCGUGCUGUUAUAUGUAUAAUACAUUUUUUGGACAGAAUCCCAUUGUAUAAUUGGAUGUGUCCUGGUAUGAGAUUUCAUCAUUUUGGAAACAUUGGAUGGAGAAACUGUUGUAACUUUGGAUUUUUAAUGUAAUAGAUUUGAUUUUGAUAA